UGGGUAUGUAUAGAUUGUUUCUUUCCUAUAAUGGAAUCCUACUUUCCUUCUGAAAGCAGCGCUGACUCUCCCCUUCCUACCAAAUACAAAGAGAAAAUCUCAACUCUUCCCAAACAUCAUGGCUGGAGAGUUAAUGCAGAUUUUUACCACUACCAAGGAUUCUGGUGCUAUUCCUUCUUCCUAGAAGGAAUCAUGAAAUCUCAACAACACUUCCAGGCCCAAUCUGGUGACAUAAUCCUGAGCAGUGCUCCUAAAACCGGCACCACAUGGCUUAAGGCUCUAACCUUUGCCAUUGUGACUCGACACCAUUUCGAUGACUCCACCAAUCCUUUACUCACAACUGCCCACGAAUGUGUUCCCUUCUUGGAAGUGGAUGCUGUAGAGGACGCCUUCCACCGGAGCCCAAAACUUCCUCUGCUGGCUACACACUUGCCAUACACUAGCUUGCCAAAUUCCAUAAUGUCUUCUCAUUGUAAAAUUGUGUACAUCUGCAGAGAGCCCAAGGAUGCAUUUAUCUCCCUGUGGCACUUUAUCUGCAAGUUGGCACCUCAAGAAGAGGAACACGUUCCUCUAGAAGCGGCUCUCGACAUGUUCUGUAAAGGAAUAUCACAAUAUGGCCCAUACUGGGACCAUAUUCUAGGGUAUUGGAAGGCAAGCCUGGAAUGUCCUGAGAGAGUACUGUUCCUGAAAUAUGAAGAUCUGAAGAGUGACACCUUGCAUUACAUAAAGACAUUGGCCGAUUUCAUGGGAUGUCCUUUUUCCCUGGAGGAAGAGAGUGAAGGGGUGGUGCAGAAAAUUAUGAACUUGUGUAGUUUUGAGACUUUGAGCAAUUUGAAGGUGAAUAAGACUGGAAUGCAUCGUUCCAGCACUCCAUUGGCGACCAAAAACGAUGUGUACUUCAGGAAAGGAAACGUGGGAGACUGGAAGAAUCAUCUGACAGAUGAAAUGGUACAGCGUGUAGACCAGAUAACUGAACAAAAAUUUAGUGGCACUGGCUUGAUGUUUCUGCAGCCAUGAGUUCUCUGCACAACGACGUGGGUUAGUAACUUCCAUGUCUAGAAUCCUAGUUUGGAAGGAAUGGGUAUCACUCAUUUGUUUUCAUUCAAUGGUGUUUUUUUCUCCUUUUGUAAUUACCCUGUUGCAUGUACUGCAUGAAAGAAUUAAGUGAAGGGAGUGAAUCCUUUAUUUUGUUUGGUAACUACAAAGGAUUGAAAUUCCUACAUUCCUUUGAUA